AUGCCUCCUCAGCUUUUACCAGCCUCGGCGGCAGCCUUCGCGCCUCGAGCGACAUCCGUCAAUGUCGUUCUUAGUUCAAAGGUGGAGCCAUGGUUAACACAAACGCUGAAGCGUAUAAACCGUAUCAAGCGUCCUCUCAACAGUGUACCUCAACAUCAGAGAUGUCUAACAGAAACAUUGUCAUCAUCGAGUGCGAUAUGGACUCUCACCUCGCUCAUGGUACCGAAGGCUCCAGAAUCGGAAUUGCGCAAGGAUGAGAACCCUUUGAUUGAAGCUCUGUUCAAUUACCACUUCCUUCACAUCGAAGCAUACAUUGUCCAUGUCGAUAUGGUACUGCGGAACGAGGUUGCAUUCAAGCUCACGCCAGACUCAAUAGAAGCCCUGAUCGAGUAUCACAAAGACAUACACUGUGUGGACAUUUCCGCCAACACGUACAACUGGUCUGAAAAGGAGCUACAAGUCAAGAAGAUGCACGAGGAGUUUAUCCAAGCCAUCAACAAGUUUGUAUACCGGACUCAUGUUUCUGCCCUGGAAGGUCUUGAGGAAGAUGGUGCUGGGGAGCUACUAUGUGGGAAGAGUGAGGAGGUCAAGUCCAAUAUUAUGGGUCUCUUCCUUCCAUUAUUACCUCCGCCACCCAGGAUUAUCGAUGUUGUUCGACCACCCCCAUUGCUGCCCAGCUCACCUGCUGGAGUGAAUUGGUGGUCGCAAUCUAAUCUCUCAGUAUCGGUACCUGCACCUGUCGAAUCUUGGAGAGUGAUCUCUUCGAGUCCAAGCACGACGUCAUCAGUCGACUCGAACUCAUUAUGGGCUAGCAUGGGACUGCACGAAAUACAAUUACCGUCCCCUACUCCAUCCUACAGCCAGCCAUACUCGACCUCGGGGCUCUUCUACUCGUCGCCUCAAGUCAGUGCGCCGAUUCCGUCCCUUCCGCUCCCAAGUAUGUUAGCACAGCAGCAAUGCGGUGUUAGUGCUGGGUACGGAAAUUUUGGCCAUAGCUGGGACAGGUACCAAGAGUAUGCGGCCACCAUGUGA